UCCAUCCCGCCUCCUCGGGCCCGGCGGGGCCGACGAGUCCGGAGGGGCCGCUGCGGGAGGAUGUUUCCAGUGAAGUCUUCCACACUCACAUUAAUCCAUGCUGAUCUCUCCCUCUUCUCAUCAAGACCCGAGGAGUAACGUCCCCAGGUUCUCCUCCAUGAGGAAUAAACAUUCCUUUCCCUGCCUGAAGACCAUCUGUGGAAACCUUGGUCAUGGCAUCCAUGUCAGAGCCUGUUACGUUCAGAGAGUUCUGCCCUUUAUACUAUCUCCUCAAUGCCAUUCCCACAAAGAUCCAGAAGGGUUUCCGCUCUAUUGUGGUCUACCUCACAGCCCUGGAUACCAAUGGGGACUACAUUGCGGUGGGCAGCAGCAUCGGCAUGCUAUAUCUGUACUGCCGGCACCUCAACCAAAUGAAAAAGUACAACUUUGAGGGGAAGACGGAGUCUAUCACCGUGGUGAAGCUGCUGAGCUGCUUUGAUGACCUGGUGGCAGCUGGCACCGCCUCAGGGCGGGUGGCGAUUUUUCAACUUGUAUCUUCAUUGCCUGGGAGAAAUAAACAACUUCGGAGAUUUGAUGUCACUGGUUUUCACAAGCAUAGCAUCACAGCUCUGGCUUGGAGCCCCAAUGGAAUGAAGUUAUUUUCGGGAGAUGACAAAGGGAAAAUUGUUUAUUCUUCUCUGGACCUAGAUCAGGGGAUCUGCAACUCACACUUGGUAUUGGAAGAACCAUCCUCCAUUGUACAGCUGGAUUACAGCCAGAAGGUGCUGCUUGUUUCUACCUUGCAGAGAAGUCUGCUCUUCUACACAGAAGAAAAGUCUGUCAAACAGGUUGGAACUCAACCAAGGAAAAGUACUGGGAAAUUUGGUGCUUGUUUUAUACCAGGGCUGUGUAAGCAAAGUGAUCUCACCUUGUACGCGUCCCGGCCUGGACUCCGGCUAUGGAAGGCUGAUGUCUAUGGCACAGUCCAAGCUACGUUUAUCUUAAAGGAUGUCUUUGCUGGAGGGAUCACGCCUCUUGAGCUCUACCCAAGGCUGGAGUCCUCCGAUAGAGGGGGUUGCAGCUCACCUGAGAAACACCUGGGACUCGUUUCAUGUUUCUUUCGAGAAGGCUGGGUGCUGAGCUGGAAUGAGUACAGCAUCUAUCUUCUGGACACCAUCAACCAGGCCACAAUUGCUGGUUUGGAAGGAUCUGGUGAUAUUGUGUCUGUUUCCUGCACAGAAAAUGAAAUCUUUUUCUUAAAGGGAGAUAGGAACAUUAUAAGAAUUUCGAGCAGGCCUGAAGGACUAGCAUCAAUAGUGAGAGAUGGUCCGGAAAUGUCACGAUGUUCAGAGCAAGCACACAUACAGCGUCUGGAGAAGCCACUGGGGGCUGCAGUGUCUGAGACAAGACUUCCAGGCUCUUCUGUGGCGAGCUCUGUGGCCAGUGAGCCUCGGAGCCGGAGCAGCUCACUCAACUCCACUGACAGUGGUUCGGGGCUGCUGCCACCUGGGCUCCAGCCGGGCCCUGAGCUGGGCAAAGGCAACCAGCCCUCUUCACAGAGGUUCAGUGUAAUCAGCUCAGAAGAUUUUGACCAGGAACUCAUUGUGAAACCUAUUAAAGUAAAGAAGAAGAAGAAGAAGAGAAGGACAGAAGGUGGAAAUAAGAACAUGUGUCACAGUUCCCUGGACUCAACCCCCUGCUCCGAAUUUCCUGCUGACAGCCCACAGUCUCUGCACACAGACCUGCUGUCCAUGACUUCCAGUGUUCUGGGCAGCAGCAUGGACCACCUGAGCACAGAGUCUCCCGACCAGGAGAGCACCUUCAGUGGGGAGGUGAAUGGUGUCUCACAGGAAAAUAAUGACCCUGAAGCAUUCAGUGUCCUGGAGGUUCCAGAAUGCGCCCCUGAUGCACUGCACGAAGAGGAGGACACUAGACCUGAAACUGCACAGCGUCUCCACACGUGUGAAGUGGGGCUGCUCAGUGGAGCCUGGCGUCUACCCUCGGCCCCAAGGGAGGGUGUGGCAGCCAGUGACAUUACAGGACUGCAAGGGGAUCUUGGUCCUGCAGACGACAACACAGACCCCACACCGUUGCCAUUUGGAGACCAGAACGGCUCUGCCGAAGCGCACGAGGUGAAGAAGGCAGAGCCCAGUGAGCCCUACAGCACUCCCGAGGGCCCCCUUGUGGAUUUGCGCACGGUGCCUUCUUGCCUCAGCUGGCUUCCAAGUGCUGGGCAGUGGCUCCCCGGGGCCCUGGCUGAUGGAGGCAGCACUGAGGAGGCAAACCAAGACCAGGAUGCCGUGGCUCAGGUGGGCACCUCCAGCCUCCUUGCCACAAAUUCCUGGCAUGCAGUCCCUGAUGAUGACGACAGCAACAAUGAUAAUGACAACACAGCAGCCCCAAAAGCACCGUCGGCUCUGGAAUGCCAAGUAGCGGGGAGUCAGCUGAGCCCUCUGACUCCUGCCUGGGUGGCUAGCUCCCACAAGGCUGGGCUGGAGCAGCCUUUCCAGGACCAGGCCUUGGCAUCCAGUGAUGAUGAAGACAUCUAUGCGCAGGGACUCCCAUCGCCAUCCUCAGAGACAAGUGUGGCAGAGGCUGGGGCUAGUCACUCUCUGCAGGACCUAGGCCAGCCGGGUCCAGAUGACGCUGCACUGCUCAAGACAGACCAGUUUGCAGAGAGCUGGAUGGGCUACUCGGGUCCUGGCUAUGGCAUACUCAGCUUGGCGGUGUCCGAGAAGUAUAUUUGGUGCCUGGACUACAAAGGUGGCCUGUUCUGCAGUGCCCUGCCUGGAGCUGGGCUGCGCUGGCAGAAGUUUGAAGAUGCUGUCCAGCAGGUGGCGGUCUCCCCUUCAGGUGCUCUCCUCUGGAAGAUUGAACAGAAAUCUAACCGUGCUUUCGCUUGCGGGAAAGUUACCAUCAAGGGGAAGCGGCAUUGGUAUGAAGCCCUGCCUCAGGCAGUGUUUGUGGCCUUGAGUGACGACACAGCCUGGAUCAUCAGGACCAAUGGAGACCUGUACCUGCAGACAGGUCUCAGUGUGGAUCGCCCCUGUGCUCGAGCUGUGAAAGUCGACUGUCCAUACCCGCUCUCCCAGAUCACUGCCAGGAACAGUGUGGUAUGGGCACUCACAGAACAGAGGGCCCUCCUGUACCGGGAGGGCGUGAGCAGCUUCUGUCCUGAGGGGGAGCAGUGGAAGUGUGACAUCGUCAGUGAAAGGCAAGCUUUGGAGCCUGUCUGCAUUACCCUUGGGGACCAGCACACUCUGUGGGCCCUGGACAUCCACGGUAAGCUGUGGUUCAGAACUGGAGUGGUUCCAAAGAAGCCCCAAGGGGACGAUGACCACUGGUGGCAGGUGAGCAUCACAGACUAUGUGGUGUUCGACCAGUGCAGCUUAUUCCAGACCAUCAUGCAUGCCACCCACUCCGUGGCCACCGCAGCCCAAGUGCCUGUGGAAAAGGUAGCAGAUAAACUGCGCAUGGCAUUCUGGUCCCAGCAGCUUCAGUGCCAGCCCAGCCUACUGGGGGUCAACAACAGUGGUGUUUGGAUCUCCUCAGGCAAGAAUGAAUUCCAUGUUGCCAGAGGAAGCCUUAUAGGGACUCACUGGGAAAACGUUGUUCCCCGGGGGACAGCUUCUGCAACAAAAUGGGCCUUCGUGUUGGCUUCCACUGCACCCUCCAAAGACGGAAGCUCCUUGUGGCUAUGCCAGAGCAGCAAGGACCUGUGCAGCCUCAGCGCCCAGAGCCCACAGUGCCGCCCCUCCACCGUGCAGCUGCCCCCCGACGCCGAGAUGAGGGCCUACGCUGCCUGCCAGGAUGCGCUGUGGGCCUUGGAUUACCUUGGCCAGGUGUUUAUCAGGACGCUGUCUAAGAGCUGCCCUACAGGCAUGCACUGGACGAAGCUGGACCUCUCCCAACUAGGAGCCAUCAAAUUGAUCAGCUUGGCAUGUGGAAACCAGCACAUCUGGGGGUGUGAUUCCAGGGGUGGAGUUUACUUCCGUGUGGGAACCCAGCCUCUGAAUCCCAGCCUGAUGCUUCCAGCCUGGAUCAUGAUUGAGCCACCUGUCCAGCCUGCUGGGGUCACCUUGGUCAGUGUCCACUGCAGCCCCAACGACCAGAUGCUGUGGGCACUUGACAGCAGAUGGAAUGUGCACGUCCGCACCGGAAUCACCGAGGAGAUGCCGGUGGGAACGGACUGGGAGCAUGUGCCAGGGUUGCAGGCUUGCCAGCUGGCACUGAGCACCAGGACCGUGUGGGCCCGGUGUCCAAACGGUGACCUCGCCCGCCGCUAUGGCAUCACAGACAAAAAUCCUGCGGGGGACUACUGGAAGAAGAUUCCCGGAUGUGUGUCCUGUGUCACAGUGACCUCCGCCGAUGAGCUCUGGGCCGUGGGCCCGCCCGGCUACCUCCUGCAGAGGCUCACCAAGACCUUCCGCCACGCGCACGGCGCGCACAAGGGCGGCCCGGCAGCCGCGCCGCACCCGGAGGACCUGGAGGACGAGUGGGAGGUGAUCUGAGCGCCCGGCCGAGCCUGGGAGGGGAGCCGAGGCUGCGGACGGGCUGGCCUGCGGACAGGCCUCGCCUCGGCCCGGCCGGCACAGCGGCCAGGACCCACCCCACACAGCUUUCAUCCGCAUUUGUUUCCGUCUGACACCAGACUCAAGCCACAGCCACACGCCGAGCUGCUGCCAAAGCUGCAGCCCCUGGCGCCUGGUCCCGGCCACCUCCAGGGGGCCUGGAGCUGCCGCCCCACGCCACGCCCUGCACCCGGCGCUCAGAGCCGGGGGCUGAGGACAGGCCCCGACGGAUGCUCCCCAUCAGUGACCCCGGGCCAAGCAGACACCAGAUGUGCUGGUGACGGUCCCCACAUGCUCCCAGAGCCACGUGCCCAGUACCAGGUACUCCAGAUGGGAAACCUUACGUCCGUGUUGGAGAGGACGCCCUCCUGUGCACUCAUACCGCGCUUAGAGGCCAGUGGCCACCGACAGGACCUGGAGGUGUGUAUGGCCUCCGGGGGCCCCGGUCUGCGAGCAGCGGCAGUGGCUGACUGAAAUGCCUGUGAGUGAUGUUCAGCAGUGUGCUGGCAGCAGCCCACAGCCGCUCCAUCCUCAGAGAGGUUCUAAUUAUUGCCUUUUUGUUUGUUGUGUUACAACCUACAUGAGAUACCUCAUUUGAAAUCAAAUCUUACAAAGUUAGAAGAUGUAUCUUCUAAAAACGGUGGAAGGUGGGCCUUGUGUCCCUUCCAGUGUGUGUCCUAAACACAUCCUGACUUGGCUGGAGCUUCCAAGGGGUGGCCAGCCCCCAGCACGUCCUCUCCUUCCAGGGUGGGUGUGAGGUGGACACCCCAGCAGUAAAAAUGGCGUCAGCCUCAGCACUAGCUGCGACCCACCACACAGUGGUCAGCACUGUGCUCUGGGGCAUCUGAGCCUCCUGCCCUGCCUGCAGCCCUUGCCCCCUUGCAAAGGCUGCUCCAGGACACCACCCAGGCUGGCUGCUUCCUUUACACGAUACCUGGGUGUCGGGGGCCCCCAGCCCCAGGUGAAGGACACCAGCCAGCCAAGAAGAGGGAAGCUUCCAGGUCUCAGUGGGGAUGAGCUGCUGAAACCCCGAUCUUCACACUUUUCUACAAUCCUUUUGUAAGGGUCCAGAGGCGGCCGCUGACCCCGCCUUUUCUGCAAAUGCUGUGCCUUGUCAAGCUCCUCAGACAGCAGCGCUCUUAAGCCUACGGGACAACAGUGCAAUCAAACCCAAGCCUAGUGCAUACUCUGAAACUAGACUUAGCUCCAGUGCUUUGUAGGGUUUUCCUCCUGGUUUAAAUUUCUAGUUGUGCUUUGAGACUGUGCAAUAAACUAGGCUUUUGCAAACCUGGUGAGUCCAAUGUUUGAGCUAGAUGGUGCCUCACAGAGCACCGGAGCUGUGCUGGGGGACCCCACAGCUCAGUCAGCCGGUAGGUGCUGCUGUCUACUGGCUGGCGUGGCCCAGAGGACGUCCUGACAGCUGGCCACACGCACAGGAUGCACCCUCUGGUGGUCCUGGGAAAGACCCUGACGCAGCAGAGCAGGGCUGUCUGCCUUGUGGCUGACGUCCUAGCUCUGUGUUUGCAGACAAAUUCACAUGCCAGAAGUGUCCUGCUGGAAACUAACAGACACAAUCAACUUCAGUGUUAUGGAAAACAACUGAACAAAUGUCAGACCUGGGCCAAGAAGCAGCAAGACAGAAAGCGGGAGCAGAGGCAGAUGCCUUUCCACUCCAGGACAGGAGGCUAGACAUAAAGCCAACAUGUCAGACUAACGAAACACACACCUGCCCUUUGCACUGGGAUGUUUUUCUUGUGGCCACAGUAAGGAACUCUUCAAACUAUGCCAGUGCCCACAAAUGUCCCCAGUUGCUGCUGGAUCCGCAAUCUCAUGUCCUCCCUGCAACCUGGCCCCAGAAAACCAGGGUGUGAGUCACACCAGAAACACGGACUGCAGACUGCUGAUGCCCCCACACACACAGAUCACUGCCCAGGGCAAUAACAGGAGUCCCCACAGGGGUGGCAUGUCAUGGAUGACCCAGUCCUUUCUGGAAGGGCCCUAGAGAUUGCAGGACCCAGCAUUCCAGACGUGGGUGGGAGGUGGCUUUGCAAUGUAUGUCAUGACUGUUUACUUUU